GUUUUAGGCCAGUCACUCCUCAUUUUGAAACAUGCAAAGUAUUAAGGAGUAGACACUCCUCGAAGAAACGAGAAUUUCGUACAAUUUGUGGUCUAAAUUCGAGUGACGUUUCUUAUUGUGACAGGGCUUGAACGAUCCUGUGUUUGGUGGCGCAAAAACAAAAGUAUCACUGUUUGUGGUGGAAUCUCGUGUGUGAAAGUGCAACAGUUUUGUUACUCGCAAGAAAAACCUGGAAUAAUAAAAUUUCUUUGAUUCAACAUGGCCUUGAUAACUCCCCACUGGAGCCUGGACGGCAUCCUGAUCUUCGUGUCCCUAAUAAUGCUUGCAUAUUUGUAUAUGACACGCAACUUCAAAUACUGGGCGAAACUGGGCAUCAUGGAAGUCCCACCAACACCGUUUCUAGGAAACUUCACGGAAUGCAUCAUGCUGAAAAAGGCGGGCUUCGAGUUCGUGAAGGAUCUCUACGAAAUAUCCAAAGGACUGCCCUACAUGGGAUUUUACAUUUUCGACAAACCGUUCUUCCUCGCGCGGGAUCCCACGCUCGUUAAGCAUAUCCUCGUGAAGGAUUUCGAAGUGUUUUCCGACAGACACGUUUCAUCCAACGUGACGGAUCGUCUUGGAUACGCGAACGUGUUCCAGAUGAAGAAUCCUGGAUGGAAGAUCCUUCGUUCGAAGCUGACGCCAAUCUUUACUACCGGAAAACUGAAGAAGAUGUUCGAUUUGAUGCUUCUGGUCGCUGAUGAUCUCUCCGAAUACCUGGAGUCUUUGAAUUUGAAAACUGUAAAAGAGAUUGAAAUAAAGGAAAUCUGCGCCAGAUUUACCACCGACAUGAUUGGCAGCACUGCGUUCGGUCUGAAGGCGAAUGCACUGCAAGAUCCGAAAUCUCCGUUCCGGGAAGCCGGGAAACGAAUCAUUUCCGUCAAUUUUCCCCGGAACCUCGAGUUUCUUACAAUAUUUUUCAUGCCUCACCUGACCAAAUACACAGGCGCGAAGUUCUUCGGGGACGAGUCCAGUAGAUUUCUGCGUAGCGUCUUCUGGGAAGUGAUCAAUAAACGAAUGGAGACGAAAGAAAAGAGGAACGAUCUCAUCGAUCUUCUCAUCGAGUUGAAGCAGAAGCACGAGCACGAAGGCGAUCUGGGAGGAUUCUGUUUCAGUGGCGACGAUCUGGUGGCACAGGCGGCCAUUUUCUUCACCGCUGGUUUCGAAACCUCUUCGAGCGUCAUGUCUUUCACGUUUUACGAGAUCGCGUUGCAAUUAGACAUUCAGAGAACGCUCAGGAAAGAGAUUCACGAGGCUCUCGAAAAAUCUGACGGCAAAAUUACUUAUGAAAUGAUCAUGACGCUACCAUACCUUGAUAUGGUCGUCGCUGAGACUCUCCGCAAGUACCCAUCGCUAGGAUUUCUGGAUCGUAUCUGCAACACCGAUUACAAAGUACCUAAUUCUGACCUGGUGCUGAAGAAGAACACCCCAGUGUACAUUUCCAAUAUGGGAUUGCAUUACGACCCACAGUAUUUCCCCGAUCCAGAGAAAUACGACCCGCUUAGAUUCACCGAAGAGAAUAAACAGAAGAGGCCUAACUGCGUCUAUUUGCCCUUUGGCGAGGGACCACACAAUUGCAUCGGUCUUCGACUUGGACUCAUGCAAUCGAAACUUGGAAUCGUGCAAAUUAUCAAGGAUUACGAGGUGUCACCCUGCGAGAAAACAGUGAUCCCGCUCGUGCUGGAUCCCAGAGGACUCACCACGAUAGCCAAGGGAGGGAUAUACCUGAACAUCCGGAAGAUCACCCCCGCAACUAGUUAAUUCGGGAUUCGUAUUUGUAGAUUUGUUAAAUGAUUAUCGUUUAAGACACCAUCUGUUAUUCCAAAAUACAGAGCAUACGAUCAUUAGUAUUCUACAGAGAGAAAAAGAACUUUUCACCCCCAUAAGAUACAAUUACUCGACUCUGACCAUACUCUAUUUAAUAAUAGUGCAAUUCAGGACAGGUUCUUCUUUUCUUCCUACGAUACCAAUAUGGAAUAAACGAGGUUCCCCCUUUUCUCGAUAUAUGAAAGGACACGUGCAUGUAGGGAACACCUAACACGUCUUCAAUUUACUCGGUGACGUACACAUAUUUAUUUCAUUCACUUAUUCUCAUUUACAAAAGAGACUAACAGGCCGAUGCUCGACCGGCCGUUUACUUACAAUCGAAUGUCUGUAAUAUAUUAGUACGACACCUUGGAAUCAAAUGGAAUGACGGAUACCGCGAUUUAACGGUAUCCUGGCAUCUCGUUCGCGCGCGUCGCCCGAUGACAGCGCUCAACGUUGACAGCUGAUUCUACGAUCUACGAUUUUCUCACCUUAGAUCACACGCGGACCCUGUGCUCGACGAAUGCUCGCCCUCGAAAUCGAGUGGAAAACUUUGGAGAACGCUUGUUAGUGUCUGUUAGUGUCACUAGAUCCACGAUUAAAUUUAUUGGAGAUUCUGUACUCACAUAAGCAUUAAACUUUGUCUUUAGAUGCAAUUAGAUUUAAAAUCGAACAAAUUUCGAAAUUAAUAUUAAAACGAUGUGUUUUAAUAUGUCUCUGUUGGGCUCAUCGAGGGAAAAAUUCCGUCAAUUAGCGAGGAAAUACUGUACUCAGUUCUGGAAACAGUACAAUAUUAUUGGAGAUCUGUUUAUGAAAUACAUUUGUCAUAGAAUUUUUUGAGAAUAAAACCCCGCAUUUAUCUCAGCUUUUAUCUAUUCAGAAUUAUUUUGUAAAUGAAUUUACUAUUCCUUCAAAAGUAUCAAAGGAUCCGUUCUCCGAAUAGUUUCGUCAAUUAGCGAGGGAAUACUGUACUCAGUUCUGGAAACAGUACAAUAUUAUUGAAGAUCUGCUUAUGAAACACAUUUGUCAUAGACUUUUUUGAAAAUAAAACCUCGUAUUUAUCCCAGUUUUUUGAUAGCAAAUUAUCUAUUCAGAAUUAUUUUGUAAGUGAAUUUACUAUUCUCCAAAAGUAUCGAAGGAUCGUUUUUUCUCGAGAAUCGCUAACGAUUGCAAAACGAGCGUCGUUCGUCGAGCACAGAAUCGAUUACAGAGUCCGUGAACGAUGACUAUUCGUUUCAAACGCAACAAGUCGAGCGUUUGAUGUUCCUCGACCCCGUGUAUAUAUAUAUUUUUCCUCAAUCGACGGUGAUCGAUCUCUCGUUGCGAACGGAUUAAUCGCGACGAACGAACCGGCAACCGAUCGCCGUCACCGAGCAGCAAACGAAUCGACGCGCUGGAUCCCUUUCACGGCACUCUUACACACAUAAUAACUAUACAAUUCAUCGUUUAUAAUAUCGUGAUAGUAACUCGCCCGCGAGCUUAGCAGUUAUUUUCGCGUCCAUCGUUCCAUAAUUCUUCUCGCCAGGUAAAUAUACAUUAUACAUAUAUCUAGUCGUUUUGUUCGUGCGCUUCGUACAUUUCGACCUGUCCCUUCGUUACGGUAAUUGCAGGUUGUUUUACCCCCGUUCCUUGUCCCCGUUAAUCUUUAUCGUGCGUUCGCAAUGUGCGUGUCAACGAGACAUCGUCCAGUUUGUCGCGAGCCUCUUCGUUUUUCUACGGUCACGCGAAAUCUAUCUCAAAAAAUCAACGAAACGACGGCUGUGGAGAACAAAAAUUGCAAUCUUGGUGGCUCAAAAAUUACAAAUUUUCAAAUUCAUAAGACUUAAACAUAUUUCGUUUUCCUAUGGUCACGCGAAAUCUACCUCGAAAAGCCAACGAAACGACGGCUGUGGAGAACAAAAAUUGUAAUUUCGGUGGCUCAAAAAUUACAAAUUUUCAAAUUCAGAAGACUUGUACAUUUUUCCAGGUGAUUUUUAACCCCUCUCACAUGUUCUUCAUAUCAAAUUUCAAAAUUAUGAGGCUACUUGCUCGUCAUCGAGUCUUAUAAAUUGACAUCAACACGUUUUUACAUUCACGAGGUAUUUGUAAAACAAAUCUAUUCUUUUUCGUGACCAUUUCUUGCACGUACAAAUUUAAACGAAAUUAAAUAGUAUAUGUUUGAAAAAUUAUUUGCAAUUAAAUCGUACGUCAAGGGGUUACUCAUGAUCGAAGAUGAACAAUUCGAAUUCCAAUGUGACGUAAUAGCAAUACGAAGGUAUUUUAAAUAAUAUGUCGUGUCUAAAAGAUUCGUUGACCAAUAUUUAAGUGUGUUUAACUUCCUUUUCCACGCAGUUGCUAGCAUCGAUAUUGCCAAUUUUCAACCCUUAAACUCAGACGGGCGGUGAAUUUCAUGUUUAAAAUUACCAACAACAUUGCAACUUUCGAUCCUUCGCUUUCUGUAUGCAUCUACUCGGUGCUUCGAUGAAUUUGCAAUUACUCUCUUCUCGUUAACUUUGUUGAUCUUUCCUCUGUUAUGCAAUUGCUGCAACCAGGAGCACUUUAAUUGUUUCGCUAACGAGUCUCUGGAUCGUGAUUUUGAAACUAAGAAUUCCAUUCUAAAUAUGGAGACUUUGACAUUUAAUUAGUAUUUCCGAUCGUCGAAGACUAAAUAUAGGUUCUCGAUAUCGUAUCUUAUCGUUAAAUAGCACUUGUUUGUUCCAAAUGCAAUCCUCCAUCGCCCUCUAGGCGACGAUACCGCCCCGAAAUUACGAUAUAGCCACAGCCAACGUAUUAAUUAUAAAAUAAUGUUUUCGCUUGGGUCUAAUAGGAUGUAUCGGAUCCCGCAGGGCUAUCACUACGAAGCUUAUUACAACUCUCCGCAGUAAAAUAUCGCAGCGUUCGCUUGUGCAGUUGGUAUCACGAUUGUGCAUCCUCGAAAUAAAUUUCUCUAAUUUGUCAUUUUGUAUUUGAAUUAUUAUUCUUCGUUCAACGUCGAGCAACAAAAAUUCACGACACGUAACAGAUAUCUUUCGUGUUCCUUUUUUGAAAUACCAAAUGUUCUACGUUGCACUGUUCUUUUUCCAAGACACUCGAGAUAAGCUCGACGUCAGAGACGAACAAAAGGCGGACUUCCCCGCUGAACAAUUGCACGAUCGUGCGCUUGGUUGAAAUUUCCUGGCACGCAAACUAUUCACGGGUGAAACGUUUUCGCCCAUACAUUUUGGUAAUUGGUAUCGCCGCGCUCUUUUAUUAACGCUUUCGCCGCUGUAACCGAUUCUCUCGGCUUCCUGUUCGUCAAACGUACGCCGCGAACACGCUGCGGAUCAUAAAUACGAGAACGACAGGUAAAUUCAAUUUCCGACAACGAGUUUUUUUUACCGCCAAGGUAAACGUGCGCUCGAACUUUGCAAUCGGAAUCACGUCGCAACGAAACCGAAUUAAGUUCAUUAUUUCAACUGAAAUCUGAAUUCUGUUCAAGAUCUCUGCAACUCUUUGGAUCUUGUAAUAUAAAAAAAAAAAUAUAAAAUAACCAAAGAGAUCCAUUCUAUACGUAUUCGAGUGAUAGAUGUGUUUCGAAGAGGAUUUUGAAAAAUAAAUUCGAAACGGUCGUUCCCAUGGAAAACUCAGGAUGCUUCGAUAUAAUUAAUUAAAGAAAGUCUUCGAGGCAGUUAAUUAUCCGUCUUGCGAAUAUUCAUGCCACGUUGCCACAUAAUCGAUGCAAUUUUGUCGUCUCGUGAUCGAUCGAUGCUCCGUAAAAUCGACGUGACCCUGUUGCAAGAACGUCUUCGAGUCUCUCCGCUCGUAAAUUGCUUUUUCACGGUAGUGGUGCAACCGGUCAUUGUUUUAUAUAAUACGAAGUCCCGACCAGUAGCUAAUCGACCAUUUUAAAAGUACUUAAUCUCCAAGACUGGACCAGAAUUCGCACGAUAAAGGUUAAGGGGACAAGGAAGGUUUCACGUUCGACGAUCGAUUCCUUACUCGCUAAUUAGCUUCGAUUCGCGGCGCGGGAGGUUGAACGGACGACGGAAACCAAGGAACACGGAGGUUUCUCGUGGAAUUUCAGGAUCGCGGCCUGCGUUUCGCGAUCGUCUCGAUCGUCCUCCCCGCCGCCACGUAGGAGAAAACGUGGGAUCGAUUACGAUUCCUUUCGUAAUUGACGAGAACGAUUGGGACACGAGGACUACCUCGGCGCGGAUAAACGAUCAAUUGACGGAGUAGAAACGCGACGUCGUACCUCCCACGACACCGUUUUUGGACCGUCGAGUCUCCCGUUUAUUCUCCUCUUCCCGGUCCUCGUCGACGUCCUGAUUUCCUCCCCCCGGAAACCGAGGUCCCCGAUUAUUACUUUUUUUUUUUUUCAUCUCUUUUCGCGAUCGACCGACGCCACAUCGCUCGAAAUAAUAACAUACCGGUGAUCGGAAAGUUCGAUUGUCGGCACAGAUGGUCCGAUAUAGAUUAGGAAAGAAUCGCCUCGCGGCUCGAUAUCGUCCGACGGAUAAUCGAUUUUACUGUCUAGGAAGAGACAAAUAAAUAUUGACAAAGGUCAGGCACAGACAGUGAGUGAUAGAACGAAAAAAGCAUUUGACUCCCUCUCCCCCGGCUGGUGGCUCUGUUCGACGUAGCGAAACGUUUUCACCAAAUACUUUUUUCUCUCGUACCACUGGAAGUUUAAUAAUUUAUAUUAUAGCGUGUAUACAACGUUAUUAUGGUUCGACGUAGCUCGCUCGCUCGAAGACACCGUUUGCGUCUCUCACAUUCGUCGAUCCCCUUUCCUCGAUCCACUGUUACGGUUCAAGAUUUCGACGUGGUUCCACAAGGGUGGAAAGAUUCGCGUGAGAUUUCGUGUCCGGCGUGGGAGGGGCUGGAGUGAAAAUAUUCGCGCAAAUCCUGAGCCCCACGGAAAGAGAUUCCCCGUCGAUUCGACGAUAACGUUUCGAUCAUAACUAUAACCUUGUCAAUUUUCAGUUGAAACAAAAAUAGAAAACUGUUGCUUGAAAUAUUUAUUUUCCUAUUUGAAAUUUGAUUCGGGGCACUUUUAGUCAGAAUAUGGUAGCAAAGUUUGCAUGGAAACCUGUUGGAUAGCCUGCACAUUUUUGUCACAUUGUAAAAUAUUUUUUUCGUUAAUAUAGAAUUCUUAUUUUCACUGAUAUUUCAUGAAUAUCGUGUAUAAUAUUUUUUUAAUGAAACAAGAUAACCUGUUGCUUAAAAUAGCAAUGUGUGAAUAAAAUAUGUAAAUUAUAAAUUCUGGAUGAAUCUUGCUUGCAAAACGGGAGUGUAUUGCACGAAUUUAUAAUUGCAUAAUUCAAGGU